AUGCAAGAUGCAGUUUUGUUUGUUUUGGUUGGAAGCCAGAAGGAUGCAGUCAAGGGCUCUUCUUUGUUGCGUGCCCCGAGAGAUGAGUACACUGCCGCUGUUGAAUGUUUGAGGAAAACGAAUCCUUUCUAUGCGGAGGUGGAACUGAGAGAUGGCAGUGAUGAUCUUUUGGAGGGCUGUGUCUUGGAAACUGCGGAGGAUUCUGCAUUGGCGCAGGAGUUGCUGCAGCGAGGUCCUGCAGACGCACAGGGACAAGAUGCGUCGGAGGAUGAGAAAAUGGACGGUGCGAGUGAAGAAAAGCGUGAGGGCCUAGACGCACCAGGUCAUUUGAUGUCUUCCAUUGUUGGCUUGAACGAUGGUGCUGAUGAACAGAACAAGUGGGUGCGUGUGUUGAAGGAUGUGGAGGAGGUCUGUGUGAGACAGGGUGGGCGGCGAAGGAGCCAUGCUGCCGAUGUGCUUCGCAACCGCAUCAACAAUGAAAUGCCGGCCCCGGAUGCAUCUGUUCCUGGGCAACUUUUGGGUCGUGAAGGAGCCCAAGAGAGGCAAACACUUCAAAAAAUUCGGAGAAUUCAGAAGAUUGCCCGUGGCACGGCUGAAAAUGAGCGGAAUGUGGAAUCAGCCAUGUUCCAAGUCAAGCCUUCCAAGUUGGUUGUUCCGACCAGAGACGAACCGCUGUCGAUGUUUGAUCCGGCCACCUGGGGCAUGUCAUUUCCGGACUUGUUUCCAUGGGGUGAUGGCUUGCCUUUUUUGAAGCGUGAAGCCAACAUAGAUGCAACAGAAGUGUUUCGAUAUUUGUUGCUCCGGGAAGAACUGCAUUACAGUGAGGGUGAGACUUUGCUUCCAGUGAUGUACGACGUGCAGCGUCGACUACAUUUGAUGCGUGCGACCAAAGCGCAUGUGAUGCGUCGUGGCUUCGGCAAACAUUGUCGCGUUAUUUCUGAAGUCAACACGGACCAAUUGCUCAAGGCAAUGGCAUUGCACGGAGACAAUGCGGACCUCAGAGUGUUGUUGCAAGAUCCGCAGGUGGAUGUGUCCUUGAAGCGAGCAUUGGGAGGAGUGCUUCAGGCAACUUCGAGCAUCAUUGGCAUGGAAGGGCACCGCAGCCAGAUCCGGUUGCGUGGUCAUGCGGCUGGGUGGCAUUAUGGUUCUGCGCAUCUGUUCGUCACGCCCAACAUCGCAGAUAUGCGCUCGUCCUUGCUACUUCAAUUGCACUGGCAGAAUGCAAAAGUGGAAGAGUGCAAAAUUGAUUUGGACUGGGAGGCGGAGAUGCCAGAAUUGCCCAGCGCAGCUGCUAUGCGACGGAUUGUCGCGAGCGAUCCCGUCGCUCAAGCGCGUUGCUUUGCCUUGAUGAUGGAUUUGUUUUGUGAGGAGGUGUUGGGCAUUCUUCCACCUUUGGCCAAGGGAAGUUUUCGUGUGGGGGUGGCAGCAACCUUCGAGGAUGGCAUUGCGAGUUCUCUGCAGGGAGGUGUUUUCGGUGAUAUUGUGGCGUUGAAUGGCCGUUGGAAAGCCGUGAAAGGCAAACGUGGGUGUCGCUUUGGUUGCUUUCACGUUGAAAUGAUUCUGGGCAAGGAGGACAAGCCGAAAGUGUUAUGCCGGAAAGGUUGGCCUCGAGUUGCGAAAGCAGGUUUUUCUCGGUUGCAAUAUGAGACAGUAGAUUUGAAGGAGGUUGAAGAGUUCAAAAAUGAAAACCCGCAUGUGUUUCAAGCUCGGUGUGAUCACCCUUUUGAAGGGAUGUCGAACCCGGUGGCGCAAGCAGUGAUGCGAUGCAAUGUGGAUGUGAAGUACAUUGGACGCAAUUUUUCAGAAGCAGACCUUUUGAAGUUUUGUGAUGGGAGCAUAGACCAGGAGCCUGGAGUCGAAGUUCCCGCUUCUGCAUCUUCUCUGUUGGAACUGUCCGGGAGUAGAUUGCAGGAGAUGGAACUUCAACGCCCGGCGCUUGGUUCGUCUUCGGAUGCCAUAUCGAGUGCUGAUGCCCCACAUGCAGAGCAACCUGUGUCGACUGAGUUGGAUGCUUCGGAUCCGCCGCCGAAGAAGCAAUGCAUGGGUCGUGUUUUGGACACAGAGCAUAAGAAGAUGCAGACGAUGAGAAAGGCGCUUGAUCGCAUUCUGGUGGACCUUGCAAGAGAUAUGAUGAACGUUGGUUUUUACACUGGUGAGUAUGCUGCGAAGAAGUUUGAAAUUUCGCGGAGCAUGUUGCCUGAAUUGUAUGCAGGAGUGCAGCGAUUGGAAGAGGAGGAAAGGGAAAAAGCAAAGGAAGCUGCAGCGGGCACUGAGCAGGAGGUCCUGGAGGGGGACAGGGACCCUACUAUGACAGGGCAACAGAGGCGUGCAUUGACGAUUUUGAGAAGACUUGCCUUUGGAAUGAAUCGUUGUGUGGCCAAAUCCAACGGUGAAAUGGCGUAUCAGUUGCUAUUCGAGCAGGAGCAACUGGUGACAUAUCGUGGCUACAACAUGUUCUUUCGCUAUGUGCCUUAUGCAAUCAUGCGUUGCAGACAUGAGGACAUGGAGGAGGUUUUGCAAGCCAGGCCGCAUCUCAAUGGCUCGCCCUUGGAUGUGCUUCCUGACCCCGAAGGAGAGGCACCAGUGGUGGUGGAUAAGUUUGAGGAGGUUGUUGAUGAGGGGGGUGAUGUGCCCAGAGUCCAGCAGGUGCACGUGAACUUCAACCAGAAAGACGAUUACUUGCACAGGGGCUCUUCGGUUUUGUUGCAAUGCAUGUCCCUUUUGAUGUAUUCUCGCUUCGUUCGCAGAGUUUCCAGGAACAAAGCCGGCAAGGUGGAUGGAGUGAAGUUUUUCCCGAGA